AUGUCGAUUCUGCCGUUACACGAUGAUGGGACGGAUUAUAAAUGUAACUCGUGCUUAUCACACCGAGGAUAUAGCCACGCGGCCGCCGAGUACAUAGCCACUUCUGUGUUAAGUAACAAAGAUAGCCAGCCCCCAUUAGCCGAGGCUAUACACGCGGCCGCCGAGUACAUAGCCACUUCUGUGUUAAGUAACAAAGAUAGCCAGCCCCCAUUAGCCGAGGCUAUACACGCGGCCGCCGAGUACAUAGCCACUUCUGUGUUAAGUAACAAAGAUAGCCAGCCCCCAUUAGCCGAGGCUAUACACGCGGCCGCCGAGUACAUAGCCACUUCUGUGUUAAGUAGCAAAGAUAGCCAGCCCCCAUUAGCCGAGGCUAUACACGCGGCCGCCGAGUACAUAGCCACUUCUGUGUUAAGUAACAAAGAUAGCCAGCCCCCAUUAGCCGAGGCUAUACACGCGGCCGCCGAGUACAUAGCCACUUCUGUGUUAAGUAACAAAGAUAGCCAGCCCCCAUUAGCCGAGGAUAUGUACGCGGCCGCCGAGUACAUAGCCACUUCUGUGUUAAGUAACAAAGAUAGCCAGCCCCCAUUAGCCGAGGCUAUAUACGCGGCCGCCGAGUACAUAGCCACUUCUGUGUUAAGUAACAAAGAUAGCCAGCCCCCAUUAGCCGAGGCUAUACACGCGGCCGCCGAGUACUAUACACGCGGCCGCCGAGUACAUAGCCACUUCUGUUUUAAGUAA